UCAGCUGCUCUCUCUGUCUCUUGUGUUCUCCUCGUUUCUAAUUAUCCAUGGCUUCAACAAUUCCACUUGAUACCUUGAAGGCAUCAACUGUUCAUUCACCUAAGAUGAAAAGCGUCAAAGCACUAGCUGAAUCAGCUAGCCUCUCCUCCCUCCCUUCAAUUUACUCCUUCACCCAUAAUCCCCAUGAUGAAACAAUAAUAUCCGAUGAUGCGGAAGAUUCAGUCCCCAUUAUCGAUGUCUCUCUUCUUGUGUCUGGUACUCCUGAAGAACGGUCCCAAGUCGUCCAUCAACUCAACAAAGCCUGCUCAGACUGGGGCUGCUUCAUGUUGAUUAAUCAUGGUGUGCCUGAGAGCCUCACAAAGGCAAUGAUAGAGUCGUUUCAAGAAUUUUUCAACCUGCCAGAGAAGGAGAAGCAAGAGUUUCAUGGAAACCAUGUCAUGGAUCCAAUCAGGUGUGGUACAGGCUUUAAUCCUUCGAUGGAUAAAGUAAACUUAUGGAGAGAUUAUCUCAAGUGCUUCACUUAUCCUGAAUUUCAUUCACCCAACAAACCUGCUGGGUUCAGUGAGAUUGCAUUGGAGUUCAGCAAAAAAAAUCGGGAAGUAGUAACAGUAUUACUAAAAGCUAUAUCAAAGAGCUUGGGUCUAGAAGAGAGCUACAUAGACAAGGCCACCAAUAUCGAGUUGGGUUUACAAAUUCUUGCUGCUAACUAUUAUCCAGCUUGUCCAGAGCCAGAUAGAGCAAUUGGCAUCCCCUCUCACACGGACCAUGGUCUGUUAACCCUUUUGGUGGAUAAUGGAAUCUCUGGACUUCAAAUACUGCAUAAAGAAAAAUGGAUCAAUGUCAAUCUCCUACCCAAUGCACUCUUUGUUCACAUUGCUGAUCACUUGGAGAUUUUGAGCAACGGCAAGUGCAAGAGUAUUGAACACCGGGCACUUGUAAAUGACAAAGCUACAAGGAUGUCCAUAGCUUUGCCACAUGGACCAUCACUAGACACAGUUAUUAGGCCAGCACCAGAGUUAGUUGACAAGGAAAGUCAUCCACCUGCAUAUGUUGAAAUGACGUAUAGGGAAUUUUUGGAAUUGCAGCAAACUGGCAGGCUGAGAUCUAAAUUUGGGUAGUGAACAAAGCAAAAUAGUCUGAGCUUGUUGAUUGGUUUACAAAGCCAAUUUCGCAAUUUAGUGUUUGAUAAUAAUAAUAAAUAAACUGCCACGUUGUUUUCAUAUAUAUAUAUA